AUGAACUUCCUGCCCAAUGCAAUGUACGGAAUGGCAAUGACACCUGGUCAUAGUGGGAUUGCAUCAGCACAGUCACAGAAUGGAAACAGACAAGUUAGUCCCUUACAAUUCAAUUUUCCACCUCAAACCCCGAGUAGUGACAUGGCAAUGGCAAAUGUUAACACAUACAAGAACCUGAGCAUCGGCCAGAAGAGGCCUCGCAUGGAUGUUGAUCCUGCUUCUCAGGAGAUGUGGCAGCCAUGUCAUGUUCCCCUUGUCAAUGUAGAUGGUUCCAGGGUGACUGACUUGAGUGACCUCCUUGCCGUUGUGUUCAGGAGGAUGAAGAAAGCCGAAGCUGAAUUGGCAGAUCAAAGUGGGGUAUAUCAGCAGGUCUUGGCCCAAAUAGAUGUUCUUGAAAAGCAGAUUGGAGAAUUAGGGGCUGUAAAAGACUCUGAACCAAGUGGUGAACCUACCAAGAAGCAAAAAGAACCUCAGGACAGAGGGAUCAGGAAAUACACGUGGAUUCAAAAAAAUGCCUACCUCUACCCACUCCUUUACAACCGGGUGAUCAGCCACACAUUAGUGCAAAUGGAGACCAUUUGUUCAACCCAAAUUGUGGUUGCAAAUGAAUUGGAUUACAUGCUGUCAGAAGAUGAAAAUUCCAGCAAGAUUGAACUGUCAAUUUGGCAGGAGAAGGCAGAUUGUUAUGUCCGACCAGGCCAAACCGCUGUUGAAGUUCAUCGGGACACAUUGGAGGAGUGGGAGGCUGAUGAUGAAGCUGCAGAUGAUCAGGCAGAGGAAGCGGAAGCGGAAACAGGAGCAUAG